CUCUUCUCUCUUUGUGUGUCCCGUCCUCUCUGACAAGCUCCGUCGUCGGCGAUGGCAGAUUCGACGAGAAACCUGACUGGGCUCGGCGGGGAAGCAUCGAAACACGAAGAAGAAGAGGACGAUGAUUACAUGGGAGACCUCUCUCAGUUCAUUCCACCUGAACUUACCCAGACUUCCAAAAGAAAGGAAUCUGAAAAGAAAACUGUAGCGGUUGAACCAUCUCGUAAGAAGCUAAAGAAUCUCCCUUGGCACGAACGGCGAAGGUUGGAGAAAGAGAGGAAGCAAAUAGAAGAAGAUGCACAGACAUUGGCUCGUAUAGAAGACACUCCCAUUGGAGAGUCUAACGUUGGGUUCAAGCUGUUGAAGCAAAUGGGUUACAAGCCAGGCUCUGCUCUUGGUAAACAAGGGUCAGGUAGAGCUGAGCCAGUGACCAUGGAUAUUCGAAGAUCCAGGGCCGGUGUGGGGAGAGAGGAUCCACAUAAGGAGAAGAAGAAGAGAGAAGAGGUUGAGGCGGAGAAUGCGAAGAGAAAAGUUGAGGAAAUGUUGGAGGAUUUUGGGGAUAGGCAGAAGUCUCAGUGGCGUAAUAAGAGGGUUGUGAUUAACUUUAAGAAGGCUAAGGCGGCUCUUGAUCAGCUUGAGAAUGUUGAAGUUGUUCCGGAGAAGAAAAAGGAGGAAGGUGAAGAUGGUAAGGUUGGUGAUGAAGAGGAAGAAGAAGAGGAGGUGAUCACUGAAGAGGAUUUGGAGGAGGUAUUAAUGAAACUGAGGGAUGAACAUCGGUAUUGCCCUUUUUGCGGGUUCCAGUAUGAAACGAGUGAAGCUCUUCUUUCCAAUUGCCCUGGCGUUAAUGAGGAUGAUCACUAGAUAAGUCACAUGUAGGU